AUGAUGGAGCCAGGUUUGACGUGCUUCUUAAUGAUUUCAAGAAGCGUUUCACUGUCCCGUUUUUCAACAGAAACAGCAAAAACGCGUCUUUCCGUCGUUUUUUUUCACACCGCCCAUAACCUAGACUCCAUCUACAAGGUGCCCCCUAUUAUACUUCCGUUUGCUCAUUUUGAUUUCAUCUAUUUCCACAACGAUGCCUUCUCCACCGAUAACACAUUCUUCGGUUUCCAAAGCAUCUGCUACAAAUUGACGGAAAUAGCUUAA